AUGUAUAAAUUAAUAACAAAUAAAACAUUCCUAAAUAAUAUUAACAGAUUAGGAAAGAAUAAUAAAUUUAAUAACAAUAUAUAUUCGUCGAUCUAUCAUAUAAAUAAUAAUAACAAAUGUAGAAACUAUUUUACAAAUAACAAAUUAAGAUUAAACGAUAAUAAUGAGAAUAAUAACAAUGACAAAACAAAUAAUAAUGAGAAUUUAAAUAUAUUAAAAGAUAGUAAAAGUAAGAUAAUAGUUUCAUUUAGAAAUAUAGAAGAGAGAUUUCAAAGCAAUAAAGAUGGUGGCAAAUCAUUCAGCACAGUCGCUAUUCCCACUGUCUCAAGAUAUGAUCUAGUUGUACAAAUGAAUAUUGCACUUGCAAUACUUUUAUUCUCUUUAUAUUAUGCAUACAGUCAAGAAAAUGAUCCAGGAGUAUAUAAUAGCGAUGGUGAAUUCCAAUCAAAUUUUAGUUCACUUAUCGAUUGGUUGAAUGAAUUGAUUGCCAAAGGCGACUAUGCUAUGAUUGCCAAAGAGAUUUCGAGGGUGCAUCACGGUAAGAAUGCAGAGCGUCUCCACAAGCUGUUGACUACCCUACAACGUACUCACUACGGACAUUCACAGCUAAACACUUUUGAAAACAUUGAAAAAGUAUUGAAACUCUACAUUGCAAUGUCACAACAUCAGGAAUUCAGAAACAUGGAUUCAAUAGCACCUUUCGAAAAGAUUUUAAGUGAAUUAAUUUCUGAUUCAAAAUUAGAUGAUCAGGUUAUACCUUUAUUGGCAAAAGCAGCUUCCGAUGAGAAAUUGUGGAAACAUGCCAAGUUAGAAUUGGCAAAUAUUCUGGUGUUGAUGUUGGAAAAAGAUAAGUCCAACAGGGUUACACUCGCUGAGAACAAUGUGGUUUCGCUGUUCAAGUGGAUAUUGGAUCAAAAGUCGCCUACAGGCUCGAUCAGACACUUUGUAUAUGCCAUUCGUGAUAUCUCGCACAACGUCAGUCCUUCGCUGCUGAGCAAUAUCGACGAGAACGAACGCAACUUGAUUGCACGUUGUGCCAAAGACGGUUAUUUAUGUACACAGAGCUGGUAUGGUCGUGCAAUGAGCGGUCUUUCCAUUUUAAUUCCAGGCUUGGCAUUGUUAGCAACCGCUCAACUUCCACUCAUCAGACCGGUAAUCGGUUAUUUCGCUGGAACUCUACUUUUAGAAUCGGAAUUGGGUUGGAUCGGUCCAUAUUCAUUCAAAUUACCAAAGAAUCAAAACAACAGUAAUAAUAGCAACAAUCAUAGAAAUGGAGAAGAAGAAACAAUUAUGAAUUAA